AUUAUUCAAUUCAAACAGAGGGACUAGUAAAAGCCAUCAACUUGGAACCCCUUGAGCAGGUCAACGUUUCAAACCAUUCGAAUGGAAGCCUUGAGGUUGGCGUAUCUCCUCCUUCCCUGGUGGUUGGUGUUUUCGACAGCAGAAUCGGCGUGCAAGGAGGGCUGUGGAGUGGCACUAGGCUCCUACUACUUAUGGCGGGGCUCCAACCUCACCUACAUCUCCUCCAUCAUGGCCUCCAGCCUUCUGACAACUCCGGACGACAUAGUCAACUACAACAAGGACACCGUGCCCAGCAAGGACAUCAUCAUCGCCGACCAAAGGGUCAACGUCCCCUUCCCCUGCGACUGCAUCGACGGCCAGUUUCUUGGCCACACCUUCCGCUAUGACGUUCAGUCACAGGACACGUACGAGACUGUAGCCAGGAGCUGGUUUGCCAACCUCACCGACGUGGCCUGGCUGAGGAGGUUCAAUACCUAUCCUCCCGACAACAUUCCCGACACGGGAACGCUGAAUGUUACGGUUAAUUGCUCUUGUGGGAACACUGAUGUUGCCAAUUAUGGCUUGUUCGUUACCUACCCUCUUAGGAUUGGGGACACUCUGGGGUCGGUGGCUGCUAAUUUGAGCCUUGACUCGGCCUUGCUGCAGAGGUACAAUCCCGAUGUCAAUUUCAACCAGGGGACUGGUCUGGUUUAUGUUCCCGGAAAAGAUCAAAAUGGUAGCUUUGUGCGUUUGCCGUCUAGUUCAGGAGGUCUUACUGGUAGAGCUAUUGCAGGAAUAGCUGUCGGAAUUGUGGCAGCUCUUCUGUUAUUGGGAGUUUGUAUAUAUCUUGGAUAUUUCCGUAAGAAGAUACAGAAGGAUGAAUUUCUUCCACGAGAUUCCACUGCACUCUUUGCUCAAGAUGGGAAGGAUGAAACUUCUCGUAGUAGUGCAAAUGAAACUUCAGGACCUGGUGGACCUGCCAUCAUCACAGACAUAACAGUGAACAAAUCAGUGGAAUUUUCAUAUGAGGAACUGGCAACCGCCACGGAUAACUUCAGUUUGGCUAAUAAAAUAGGUCAAGGUGGUUUUGGGUCAGUCUAUUAUGCAGAACUGAGGGGAGAGAAAGCCGCAAUCAAGAAGAUGGAUAUGCAAGCAUCAAAAGAAUUUCUUGCUGAAUUGAACGUCUUGACACGUGUUCACCAUCUUAAUCUGGUGCGGUUGAUUGGAUAUAGUAUUGAGGGCUCUCUUUUCCUUGUCUAUGAAUACAUUGAGAAUGGAAACUUAAGUCAACAUCUGCGUGGUUCAGGUAGUAGAGAACCUCUGCCAUGGGCUACUCGGGUGCAGAUUGCUUUGGAUUCUGCCAGAGGUCUUGAAUAUAUUCACGAGCACACAGUGCCUGUAUAUAUUCAUCGUGAUAUAAAGUCAGCAAAUAUAUUAAUAGACAAAAACUUCCGGGGCAAGGUUGCUGAUUUUGGUUUGACCAAACUGACAGAAGUUGGAAGCUCAUCGCUUCCCACUGGUCGUCUUGUUGGAACAUUUGGAUACAUGCCACCGGAGUAUGCUCAAUAUGGAGAUGUUUCUCCCAAAGUAGACGUGUAUGCUUUUGGAGUUGUUCUUUAUGAACUUAUUUCGGCUAAGGAAGCAAUUGUCAAGACGAACGAUUCUGUUGCCGACUCAAAGGGCCUCGUAGCUUUGUUUGAUGGAGUUCUUAGUCAGCCAGAUCCUACGGAAGAGCUCUGCAAACUAGUUGAUCCAAGGCUUGGGGAUAACUACCCAAUUGAUUCAGUUCGCAAGAUGGCACAACUAGCCAAAGCAUGUACACAAGACAAUCCCCAACUCCGUCCAAGUAUGAGAUCUAUUGUGGUUGCUCUUAUGACACUUUCUUCAACUACCGACGAUUGGGAUGUUGGUUCCUUCUACGAAAAUCAAAAUCUUGUGAAUCUUAUGUCCGGAAGAUAGGAUGAUACCAGAUUAAUUGUUUUGCAUUUACAAUUAUAUGUUUUGGACCAAUUUUGGGCAACACAAAAAAUUGUUGAAGCGAAUGAUGUGUGUAAAAUGGACAUAGGAAUAAGGAAUUUGUAGAUUUUUACUAGUCAGGACUCAGUAGAAAGAGUGUCUAGUUUAACAAUUUUAUGAUAAUUCAUAACCAAUGCACAAAGUAUGAAUAGUGUUUUGUUUUGAGAGAUGCAUGUUUUUCUACCCAGUUACAUUUAUCCUUGUAAAUUUGUAUAAUAAAUUCUAUUUGAGACCUAUUUGAUUAUUGGUAA